GACACUGCGCGGCGGCGGGUCUGCCCGAGGCGGGCUGACUGUCUGCACCUGGGCCUCCAGCCACGUCCGGGACCAGGUGCGCCCUAGAGGAGGGCCCGGAGCCGUGAGACGCCCCGGUGCCGAGCGGUCCUCGCUCCUGCCCCCGUUCGUCCUCCCUGGACGUCUGAACCGGGACCCCGCCGGCCCUCGGGGGUGCAGAGGACGACAGUGUGCCGUGUUCCGGGCAGUGGGGUCAGCUGGCUGCUAUCUCGUAAAAAAUCAAAGAGGUGGACAACAUAAAGAAGCCUGGAAGUGCCUCCUCUUGGGCGUCCUGUGAAAAGGCUUAGAAACAACAGGUGAGGUUGAAAGAGCUGACCACCCCAAGCAGAGCUUUCCUGGCAUAUCACUAAUGAAGUGUGUGGUUAUUUUGCCAGGAGGGGAGGAAAGCCAGUUUAGACCACCCAGGAGAGUGAGUAGUGCUUACUCUUUAAUGUGUUUUCUUCUUAGAUAUGUUUUCAGCUUCUGAGUAGCAUUUGCACCAAGGCUCUGUUGCGUACUUUAACUGAAAACCUGGAGAAACUGGACAACAGAUUAGAUGGCCACCAAAUGAGCCUGAAAUUUCCAGAAACCGACAUGCUGUCCCCAACUCCUAGAAAGCUCAGCAGGGCCAAGGGCAGUUUCCUGCCUCUAACAUCUCAGUCCAAACCCAGGUUCCCCUGUCUGACUGCUGCCACCACCUGAGAGAGGUGCCAGAAAGACGUCCCACGUCCCAGCCCACCUAUCACCCCACACCUGACUUACCUUCCUUACAGGCGCAAGGACCUGCCCCUCCCCUCCAGGGCGGCCCAGACCUGACCUGUGGCAUAGAACUGUUCCUGGUUUAGGUUCCUUCUAUAGUGUAUGCUCUUUGGACUUGGGGUAUGGAGAAAGGACCAAAAGAACAGGAUGUUUAAAAAAAAAAACUCUUAAGGGAGACAGGAUCUCAACAGGCAUGACCCGUCAUCAUUGUUGGGACAGUGAGGUGUGCAUCGUAACUUUAAACUAGUCCAAGUCUCAGUGCACUCCGGCAGACCUUGCCCAGGUCCCCCACCUGUGGCUUUUUUAUGACCUGCUUGGGCUGAGAGCCACUGAAGGCUUUUAAUCAAGAAGGUUUGGGUGUGUCUAGUGAUAGAAUGGAAACCCUGCCGUCGUAGUGGUUAAGAGCUACUGCUAUUAACCAAAAGGUCAGCAGUUCGAAUCCGCCAGGCACUCCUUGGAAACCCUAUGGGGCAGUUCUACUCUGUCUGGUAGGGCUGCUGUGAGUCGAAAUCAACUCGACAGCAGAAGGGUUGGUUUUUGGUUUUGGUAAUAGUCUGAAGAUGGAUGAAGGUGGAGAAUCACCUGUGUUCAGACUCUUAGGCCUCUGUCAUUGUUAAAAUGGCAGAAGACAGGCCAGGUCGCUGCCCUUGUGGAGCUCAUGGCCUAGAGGAGAGCCACAGGCCUCCCAGAACUAAUCCCACACACACAUAAUUACAAACUGUGGUGGGUGCUAGAACAGAGGGGAGCAGAGAGCUCAGAGAGGAUGUAAUGGGUCCCAUUCAAGUUGGGGGUGAUCAAGGAAGUGGUGGCAGUAACAUGUCACCUGAGGUUUAGGGAUAAGGAUGAGUUGGCCAGGUGGGUGGAUGAGAUUCUGGGAAUAGGUAAUAGUGUGUGCAGACAGCCUGAGGCAGAGGGGAGCUGAGUGCUAGAGGCAGAAGGAGGCACUGUGUUUCUGGAGCCCCAUAAGCAAAGGCAAGAGAGUAUGAAAUGAAGAUAGAGAGGCAGGCAGGUGAGGCUCUGUGAAGAGUCUUGCUGCGACCCUCAGCGCAGUGGGACGCCUCAGGUGCAGGGAGACCCAAGAGGGGCCCAAGUGGGGCAGAAGCCAGAGGUUAGGGAGAAGGGGCUUGUUCCUUGCACUUCCAGCCCCAGUCCCCCACCUCCCACAAUGAGCCCUACAAGACAAAGCACCUGUUUGCACCACGUAGCUGGGCCUUUCUCUGUACUCCUGCGUGGCACUGCCCUGCCUCCAAGUAGACCUGACCUAUUGCUAUCUCUGUAAAAAAAAUUAAUCACAGAUCUCUGUGUAGCUGCUCUAAACACAUCACACAUCUCACUACCAGUAAACCCCAAAUAUGGGAGGGCCUUUCUGUGAAUAGCCCACAUCAUAGACUAACCACUGCCAGGCUGCAGUAGACCCUGACCCCAAGUCCUGCUCCCAAACCAGCUGGUCCCCAUCUCCUCCCCAGGAGUGUCUACUCCACUUACAGUGACUGGUAGAGAGAGUGACAGAUGGACACAUAAAUAAAUAGACACUCUCCAAGGCUGGGGAGCUCUGAGACUCAGGCACCUCGCUUCUCCUCUGAAGCCUCAGGUCCCCACACCAUCCUUGCACUUUGUUGUUGUAGUUAGGUACUGUCCCGUCCACUCUGACUCAUGGUGUCCUUAUGCAUAACAGAAUGAAACGUUGCCCACUCCUGUGCCAUCCUCACAAUUCUUGGCACAUUUGAUUGUUUGAACCCAUUGUUGCAGCCACCGUGUCAAUCCAUCUUAUUAAGGGUCUCCCUCUUUUUCGCUGACCUUCUGCUUUACUAAACGUGAUGUCUUUCUCCGGUAAUUGAUCCCUCCUGAUAACAUGUUGAAAGUAAAUGAGACAAAGUUUCGCCAUCCUUGCUUCUAACUAGCAUCCUGGAUAUACGUUCUCCAAGACCAGUUUGUUUGUUCUUCUGACCAAAACCAAACGAAACUUUUGCCGUUGAGUCAAUUCCAACUCAUAGCGACCCUAUAGGGCAGAGUAGGGUUUCCAAGAAGUGACUGCUGGAUUCUAACUUCCAGCCUUUUUGGCAGCUGAGCUCUUAACCACUGCACCACUGUCUUCUGACAGUCCAUGGUAUAUUCAGUCUUUUUUGCCAGCACCACAAUUCGAAUGCAUCAGCUCUUUGGUUCCCUUUUCAUUGUCCAGCCUUCAGAUGCAUAUAAGGUGAUGGAAAAUACCAUGGCUUUGGUCAGUCAGAUACACCUUAGUCAUCAAAGUGACAUCUGUACUUUUUAGCACUUUAAAGAGGUCUUUUUCAGUAGAUUUGUCGAGUACAAUAUAUUGUUUGAUAUUUUUUGACUGCUGCUUCUGUGGGCAUUGACUGUUGAUCCAAGAAGAAUGAAAUCUUUGUCAAUGUCAAUUUCUUUGCCAUUUAUCAUGAUGUUUAUUGGUCCAUUUGUAAGGAUUUUUGUUUUCUUUAUGCUCAGGUGUAAUCCAUACUGAAGACUGUAGACUUUUACUUUCAUUAAUUAGUGCUUCAAGUUGUUUUCACUUUGAGCAAGCAAGGUUGUUUCGUCUGUAUAGCUCAGGUUGUUAAUGAGUCUUCCUCCAAUCCUGAUGCCCCGUUCUUCUUCAUAUAGCCCAGGCUCUCAGAGUAUUUGUUUAUCAUACAGAUCGAAUAAGUGUGGUGAAAGGAUACAACCCUGGCUCAUCUUUUCUAAUUUUAAGCCACACAGUAUCCCCUUGUUCUGUUCAAACAACUGCCUCUUAAUCCAUGUACAGGCUCUGCAUGAGCACAGUUAAGUGUCCUGGAAUUCCCGUUCUUCAUAAUGUUAUCCACUGGAAGCUGUUAAUAAAACCCAAACAAAUGCUCUCAGUUUGGGGUAUGUUGAACCAAAAAUAACAAUGCUGAGUUAGUUUAUUCUGCUACUUGCAUAGAAGUUUUAUAGGCUUUGAAAGUACAUAGACAUCAUUUCCUUCUUGGCAGGAAUGUACUGUAUGAAUGAAAGCAGGCAUCUGGUGUAAAACAUCCAAAAACAAGCUAUGAGCAUCAACCCCCCAAAAAUAUAUGUGCAGGUACUAUAUGUAUGUAUAUAGGCAUAGAUGUGUAUAAGUAUGUAUGUGAGUAUAUAUGUGUGUAUAUGUAGGUGUAUGUAUAUGUAUGUAUGUGACUGUAUGCACAUAUGUUCAUAUAUACAAUAAAGCACACAGGGGCAUUGUUACAGAUACUUCUUGAAUGUAACCAGAUACCUCGUGGGAUUGGAUUUCUGGGUUUGAAGCCUUGGGACCUUAGUCUCAUGGGACAACUUGGUCAGUUGGCAUAAUAUAGUUCAUAAGUUUAUAUUCUGCAUCCUAGUUUGGUGAGUAGUGUCUAGGGUCUUAAAAGCUUGCGAGCGGCUAUCUAAGAUACGACUGACCCUGAUCUCUACUCGUCUGAAACAAAAGAGAAAGAAGGAAGCAAAGACUCAAAGAAGAAACUAGUCAGCAGGGCUAAUAGUCUACAAGAACCAUGCCCUCGUCUACCCUGAGACCAGAAGAACUAAAUGGUGCCUGGCUACUACUACCAACCAGUUCCCCUCAGGGACACGAUAGAUGGAUCCUGAUAGAAUGGGAGAAGAGUGUGGAGCAGACUUACUGGACUGGUUGAGACUGGAGGACUGUCUGAGACUAUUGCUCUGAAAUACUCUAAACAUUGAACCAAGACUAGCCCCCGAGGUCACCUUUUAGCUAAAUAACAAAUCAGCUCACAAAAUAAAGAAUAUCACCCAUGAGUACUAUACUCCUUUGAAAAAUCAUCUGUAUGAGACCAAAUGAUCAACAAUUACUUUAAAACAGUCAGGUAAGGUAAGGUAAGAAGGUAAGGGAACAGGGAAACUAGAUAAGUGGAACAACCAGAAGGGAAAUAAUGAGAACGUUGUAAAGAAUGUAACUGAACAGUUCGUGUAGAAAUUGUUAAAUGGGAACCUAAACGCUGUGUAAACCUUCAAAGAAAACACAACAAAAGUAUUAUUUAAAAAAACAAACAAAAAAAAAAAACAAGCUCUUUUCUUAGAUCUGCUUUGAGCUCUGCAUUUCCCAGAGGGACAGGGUUUAAAACCUCACAAAAAAGUUUAAAACUCUAUGUAUGAAAGUAUAAAUGAGACUGGAGAGAAUAUAUCAGAUACACGUUUCUGUUAUCUGGAAAGGUUUGAAAGGGACUCCAACUAACGAGUAGCUUUUUUUUUUUUUAUGUAAGUAGUAACUAGCCCAAAAGGCGUGUGUCUGAAACAGCACUUAUGAGGGGAGGGAACGCCGGCUUUGGAGCCGAGCACUAGGCUUACGCCACACUUGCAAGACAUAAAACCCUGGGCGGGUUAUCUGGUCUUUAUAAACUCAGCUCCUCACCUGUAAAAUGGGGGUCAUGCCUUUUGGAAUUAUGUUGAGGAUCAAAUGAUGCUUCUGGUUCCAGGAAUAAAAAUGUAGCCAGUUUCUGGUUAUACAUUUUGUUCCUGGACAUAGUGGAUUUCUGAUUUGCUCUGGAGCCUUGCAGCCUAACAUGUUUUUCCUGCCUCUUCUCCCUCUCCACCAGCAGCUGUGGGACAGUCCUCGACAGAGAAAGAAAUGAGAAAAAUACCCAAUAAUGGGAACCUGAAGAUGGCUUACCCUCUGGGGCUGUUUGUGUGCCUGUUCAUUUAUGUCGCCUACAUCAAGUGGCACUGGGCCUCUGCCACCCAGGCCUUCUUCAGCAUCACUGAGGUGGCUACAGGGGCGCGCAGGGGCCAGCAAGCCCACAGCCCCACCAGGCCGUCAGGGCGUGGUCAUGCGGUCUUCUACGGGAUCAUGUUCGACGCGGGGAGCACAGGCACCCGCAUACACAUCUUCCAGUUUGCCCAGCAGCCGAGAGAAACUCCCACCUUGACCCAUGAAACCUUCCGAGCACUGAAGCCGGGUCUUUCUGCAUAUGCUGAUGAUGCUGAAAAGAGCACGCAGGGGAUUCAGGAAUUACUGGAUGUGGCUAAACAAGAAAUUCCCUUUGACUUCUGGAAGGUCACCCCUCUGGUCCUCAAGGCAACAGCUGGGUUACGCCUAUUACCGGAAGAAAAGGCUCAGAAGUUACUGCAAAAGGUGGAGGAAGUGUUUAAGGCCUCACCUUUCCUCGUGGGGGAGGACUGCGUCUCCAUCAUGAAUGGAACAGAUGAAGGUGUCUCCGCCUGGAUCACGGUCAACUUCCUGACAGGCAGUUUGAAAGCCCCCGGAAGAAGCAGUGUGGGCAUGCUGGACUUGGGUGGAGGAUCCACACAGAUCACCUUCCUGCCGAGCACAGAGGGCACCCUUCAGACCUCCCCAGCCGGCUACAUCACGUCACUACAGGUGUUCAACAGGACCUACCAGCUCUACUCCUACAGCUACCUGGGGCUCGGACUGAUGUCAGCCCGGCUUGCGCUCCUGGGCGGUGUAGAAGGCCAGCCUGCUAAGGAUGGAAAGGAGCUGGUCAGCCCUUGUUUGCCCCCUGGCUUCAAAGGAGAGUGGGAGCAUGCUGAAGUCACAUACAGAAUCUCGGGAGAGAAAGCAACAGGCAACCCCCACGAGCUGUGUGCCCACAGAGUGUCAGAAAUUCUUCGAGGCAAGGUGCACAGGACAGAGGAAGUGAAGCACGUGGACUUCUAUGCCUUCUCCUACUACUAUGACCUUGCUGCACAAGUUGGCCUCAUCGAUGCUGAGAGAGGAGGCAGCUUGGUGGUUGGAGACUUUGAGAUUGCAGCCAAAUAUGUGUGUCGGACAAUGGAGACCCACACACAGAGCAGCCCUUUUGUGUGCAUGGACCUCACCUAUGUCAGCUUGCUGCUGCAAGAAUUCGGGUUUCCGGGGAACAGAGUGCUGAAGCUGACUAGGAAAAUUGACAACAUUGAGACCAGCUGGGCUCUGGGGGCCAUUUUUCACUACAUCGACUCCCUGAGGAGACCCAAGGGCCCUGCCAAUGAGUAGCAGCCCAGCUCCUGGCUGUGAGCCACCCCACCCUGCCUGUCAGCACUCAGAUUUACAUGAAUGUCCUCACACAAUCGGCUGCCGUUUCCAUGAGAGCAGGACACCUUUGUGGAACCCCAUCCCAGGCCCUCAGAUGGCUCGACCCCUGAUUACUGCGACUAUCCUUGCUUUUAUUGUAGGCAUGUUGGAGGGGGGCUGUGGUGAAGGCUGCUACCAGCCCACCUUCCUCCAAGACCUGGGGACCAGAGAGCAGAGGGCGGGGUAGAAGGCACCCAGGCCCAGCACCUGUCUCUGCUGCAUUGGCUUCAGGUGGGCAGUGGACAUAGCCAUGGGCAUGUGUGAAGCCAGCAAGCUGCAGCCCUAGCCUGGCGAGGCUCCGGGCAGCCACGCACCGCCCUCUUGUUACCCUGCCACCUGCCUGGCUUCCUCCCCAGGGGCAGAUCUCCAACUUGGGGAGGGGGUGGUUUGGUGGGGAGGUUGUGGUUUGGUGGGGAGGUCGUGUGGGCCUUUCUAAAAGCAGUGAGCCGGUGAGCUUUCAGAGGUUCGUCUCUUCCUUGGGUGUGGACAAGGAGAAUUAUCCCAAGGUCUGCUGCUUUGUGGGGUUAACUGAGUAGCUGCCGCUCUGAAUCGAAUAGGGAGGAGCUGGAGGGGAGAGGCCUUCCUCCCCUGUGUGCCCAGCACUCCUGCAAGGUGGUGCUGAGUCAAUGCUGUGAAACCUCAGUGAGUUAGUGCUGCUCCGCCCCCAGGCAUCUGCUGUGGUGCUGGGAGGCUCCGGGACGUGGGUUCACUGACUCCAUGUCCCCAUGAAUGUGUGGUGGCUACCGUGAGCUGCAGGUGCAGCCAGGCCAGGCAGGGUCAGGAGCCCCGGGGCCCUGGCCUCUCACUGCCUGGGUCCUGGGACGCUGUCUGCCAUCUGCACUCACCCACCCUCCUAGCCCCCUUGCCUGUCACAGGGAGGCUUCAUCCCAUCCAUCUCAAGUUGUGCUUAACCAUGACUCCCAUCAUGCGUGUAGUGAAUGUACAGUACGUGGAAUAAACUGGACCCUGUGUGUUCCACACCAAAUAAAAGGUUUACAAGAAUUUCUCCUCCCACGAGUCCUUACCAGCACUGCCGGGGACUCACAAGCACCUGAGCCUGUUUAUGAAAGUUAGGGGAAAAUGCCCAGGUGGGGCGCAGGGUCAUGGUGCGUCUAAGCACUGUCAGGAUACCUCAUGAGGCGAGCAGAGGCCAUGGGGAGGCUUAGCCGGGGAGGCCUAGCCAGGCAGCCCUGCUGGCGUCUGGCUAGAGAGGGAGGGGCAUAGGUAGGUAGAGAUGCACACAACCUCACUCAGGGGCCACACCAAGGCUCUGGGUAGGUUACCUCCUGUAGCUUGGCUUUCUCCAGCCAGAAAAGCCAGAGGAAUCUGGAACAGUCCAGAGGGGGGACAUGUGCCAGGAGGGAGCUGCGGGCCCACCCCUGCAUUCCGAGUGCUCUGUGCGGCACCCACAGCCUAGCCUGGAACCGCGACUGAGGGGUCACUGCCUGUCCCUUCACCUCCCAACGUCACUGUGGGACCAGGUGAACAGGAAGAGGGUCCUGUGGAAAAGAGGAAAGGACUCUGCAGGAAAAAGUAAGAAAGUGAUGUUACUUCCCACCUCUCGGAAUCUUCACUUUACAAUGGGUGGAGCAGGAGAAGAAUACAAACGGAAAACCUUUCUGGUGUUUGAGCAGCUCUGUGCCUGCAGGACAAUCGUAAAAACGGGGGCUUCAACCACAGAGUGUGGUUGUCGCCACCCCAACUCCAGAAGACUGGAGAAGACCCCCUAGGACCGCAGAACAAAACCGGAACCCAGCUGUUCUCUACCCAGUGGGGGAGGAGGUACAGAGGACUGAGGACCCAGGCAGGCACUGGAGGCAGAAGCUGCUUUCCCCAGGCGACCAGAAAGUCAUACGAGCACCAGGGCAUGAGAAAAACCUGUCUUGCCCACCCACAGUGAACCACCCCCAGCUGGAACUCCCUUCCAGCCACUGCUUCCCUAAUACGCAACAGAUUAAAUAUUUAAAGAACUCUGGAGGCAAGGAAAUAAAAGAUGCUUUAAAGUAAAAGCGAACAUUGAUUUGA